UGUCAAAAUAUAAAGGGUCGCCCGCAAUGCCGAUCAACAACAAGUAGUAUUUUUGCAGCACGCAGAUAUAGACAUUGUUUUAAUUAACAUUUUGUUAAUACAUACUAUUCCGUAUUUUCUAACGUUAUAAGACUUGGCCUUUUUCAAUCCAACCACAAAUUGCACAAAAAGAUGGCAUACGUAAACGUAGCCGGUUGGACUCCUGCUCAAGUUACAGACUGGAUGAAAGGUCUUGAUCCAAUGACACAUGUAUAUUCACAUAAUUUCCUCAACAACAACAUCUGCGGUCAACAACUUCUAGACUUCUGUGCAUCAGACUUGGAAAAUUUGGGAAUUGUUAAAGUUGGACACCAGGAAAUAAUUCUUGAAGCGUUGUCUCUGCUCAGAAAUUUUCACUACGAUUUGGACCGAGAAAAUAUGCAGCUACUUGCAGUUCGGCUUUCUUGCUCAGCUCACAGUCUUGAACAGACAAUAAAAGCUGAUCUGAAAGAAAACCCUCGAGGUGCCCAAAGGGUGCGAACGCAAAUUAUGGCUGACGUGACAGGGGUGACAGCAGCCAUCAAAUCACUUGUGCUUUGGAUUGACAGACAGCCUUUUGCCAAAAAUGAAAAGUACCAGGAAAUUAGGGCCAUCAUCCUCUCAAUUGGCCUUAGCAUUGCUACGUGCACGCAGCGAGACAGAUUUGCAGAAAAUCCUGUUGAGGAAAUUCAACAGAAAUGUGCACAGUUGGCCAAAUUGGCCGACGACAUUAUUGAGAACUCAAAGGACUCCCUCGUUCUCCAGCCAGCCAGUUUAGAUUUGGCCACGAUCAGAAGCAGGUCUGGUGAUGAUUUGGGCUUCACUUUGGCCAGGUCGUGGAAUGGUGCUCACCAGGUAGUUGAAGUCAACCUCCAAGGAACUCCACAUCACCAAAGUGGGAGGAUUGAAGUUGGUGAUGAGGUUGUUCAGAUAAAUUACCAAACUGUGGUUGGAUGGCGUCUCAAGUCCUUGCUACUCCUCUUGGGGCAAGAGUCUAAAGCCCAAGUGUCUCAAAUUUUCUUGACCUUGAAAAAGCGACCUCAACAUUCAACAAUUUAUGGUCAAGUUUACAUCAAACCAUACAGACUGCCGAGCAAAAAUAGAGCUCUGGCUCAGUGGCAAGACAGCAACUUGCCUUCACCACGCCCAGAAUUUCUUGCAAUCCCUCACUUUGAACUCCCAAGAUUGAAGACGGAAAGAACGGAAGAGAAAUUCCUAGUAAGCAGUAGUUCAGAGAGUGAGGACGAGGCUCCUUACAUCAGAGCCCAGUCGGGCAGAGCUUCGAAUAUCAACGCUGGUUCAGUUUUGAGCCUAAUGCUUCCAAGGAACAAAAUACAGAGAAGGGCGACUGUCUCUGGCUACAGUUCCACGUACAAGCAUGUUCCAAUUGGCAUUGAAUUAUUCCGCGCCCAAAUUCAAAGAGAGAUGCAAAGAAGAGGAUUGCAAUGUCCCUCAAGAAACACCGAAGAUGCCGCCAGUAUUAGGUGUCACGGAGGCAGUACUAUAUCCUUAGCCGUCAGACCAAGUACCUUUUUAGGGUCUGUAGGUAAUCAGAGCCUUGAUCGACCAUGAAACUUGCACAAUUUUUGCCGUUAAAUGUCUUCCAUGGCUCAAGUAAAAUGCACAGUUUUGGGUAAAACGUAUUUUAUAGUUUUCUCGCCUUAUGAGGUUUUCUUUUGGAAUGUGCCAAUAUAUACGUAAAGUAAAUUAACUUUUAGGAAUUGUGAUCACGCAAUUGUUGAUGUUGUCUUUGACGCCAGUGCAAUCAUCACCUACAAAAAUUGUGAUUAUAAUAUCCCAGAAGAGGAUAAAUUGAUAUUGAGUGCCUACUUUUUGAUGGUGUGCAUUGCUGUUUUCGGAUUCAUAGAAUUUUGUUAAUCCAGUGACAAUAUUGCAUAAAGUUCAACCUACAGCAAAAAGCGCUCGCCUAAUGCACACAUUGAAUACAUAUGGUGACUGAUAAACUCGCACAUUUUUGCUGCUGUUAGCUAACGAAUGCGCAAAUAUUUAUAUAAUAAUAUAGUGAUUUGAUUAUAUUUGUCUUACUGAAUAUCUUGUAUUUCUCAUCAAACUGUGGAAUUCCUAAAACACGAUAUUUGUCAGAAGAAUUAAAAAAAUGAUGACGAAUGAA